CCGUGCCGACGAUGAGACACUCCAAAUAUUUACCACUUGGCUAACUAAAUAUCUUUAUUUCCUCACUGGGCUUCCUCCGUCGCUCUUGUAGAUAUAUAUACUUUUCGACCACGUAUGAGUUUGGGUGGAAUUUGGCCAGAAUAAAGUGGAGUAUCCGUACGUCCACGACACACGCUUAAAAAGUCGACAAAAUGUAUUCCUCUGCUGGAGCUUCUGAGAUGCUUGAGGGACCUCGUUCCUCUGGGUCAGCAAGCUCUGAACCCCCAUCAUCCCCAGUGCCAGAAUAUGUGUUCAAGCCACCGUCACGGCCAGACUUUGGCACCAUGGGCAGGACAAUCAAGCUCCAGGCCAACUUCUUUGAGAUGGAGAUCCCCAAACUGGAGGUCUACCAUUAUGACAUCGACAUCAAGCCUGAGAAAUGCCCCAGGAGGGUCAAUCGUGAAAUUGUGGAGCACAUGGUCCAGCACUUUAAAACACAAAUCUUUGGUGAUCGAAAGCCGGUGUAUGACGGGAGGAAGAAUCUCUACACCGCCAUGCCCUUGCCCAUUGGCAGAGACAAAGUGGAGCUUGAGGUAACCAUUCCUGGUGAAGGCAAAGACCGCAGCUUCAAAGUAUCUAUCAAGUGGGUGUCCUGUGUCAGCCUGCAAGCUCUGCACGAGGCACUAUCAGGACGGCUACCCAGCGUCCCCUUUGAGACCGUCCAAGCCUUGGAUGUGGUCAUGAGACAUUUGCCCUCUAUGAGGUAUACUCCAGUGGGCCGCUCUUUCUUCACUCCCUCAGAGGGAUGUUCGAACCCCCUCGGUGGUGGCAGAGAGGUGUGGUUUGGCUUCCACCAGUCCGUCAGGCCCUCCCUUUGGAAAAUGAUGCUCAACAUCGAUGUUUCGGCCACAGCAUUCUACAAAGCCCAGCCUGUAAUCGAGUUCAUGUGUGAGGUCUUGGAUUUCAAAAGCAUUGAAGAACAACAGAAGCCCCUAACAGACUCUCAACGAGUGAAAUUUACAAAGGAAAUCAAAGGCCUGAAGGUGGAGAUCACCCACUGUGGGCAGAUGAAGAGGAAGUACAGAGUGUGCAAUGUGACCAGAAGACCAGCCAGCCACCAAACGUUCCCACUGCAGCAGGAGAAUGGCCAAACUAUUGAAUGCACAGUAGCACAGUACUUCAAAGAAAAGUACAAGCUCAUACUGAGAUACCCCCACCUCCCAUGUCUACAGGUGGGACAGGAGCAGAAGCACACCUACCUACCUCUAGAGGUGUGUAACAUAGUGGCAGGACAGCGUUGCAUCAAAAAGCUGACGGACAAUCAGACCUCCACUAUGAUCCGUGCCACAGCUCGAUCGGCACCAGACCGUCAGGACGAGAUCAGUAAAUUGAUGAGAAGUGCCAACUUCAACACUGACCCUUACGUUCGCGAAUUUGGAGUGAUGGUGAGGGAUGAGAUGACAGAAGUGAAUGGCCGUGUCCUACAAGCACCUUCCAUUCUGUAUGGAGGCAGGAACAAAGCAAUAGCCACACCAAUCCAGGGAGUAUGGGACAUGAGGAACAAGCAGUUCCACACUGGCAUUGAGAUCAAAGUGUGGGCCAUCGCCUGCUUUGCACCACAGAGGCAGUGCACUGAACUCCUGCUCAAAGCUUUCACAGAUCAGCUGAGGAAGAUUUCGAGGGACGCAGGGAUGCCCAUCCAGGGUCAGCCUUGCUUCUGUAAAUACGCACAGGGAGCGGACAGCGUGGAGCCCAUGUUCAGGCACCUCAAGUACACCUACCAGGGCCUCCAGCUGGUGGUCGUCAUCCUGCCAGGGAAGACACCCGUCUACGCUGAGGUGAAACGUGUUGGGGACACAGUACUUGGCAUGGCCACGCAGUGUGUGCAGGUGAAGAAUGUUCAAAAGACAACUCCUCAGACCCUCUCCAACCUCUGCCUGAAGAUCAACGUAAAGCUGGGUGGUGUCAACAACAUCCUCCUCCCGCAGGGCAGGCCGUUGGUGUUCCAGCAGCCAGUGAUCUUCCUUGGUGCAGAUGUGACUCAUCCACCUGCAGGAGAUGGAAAAAAGCCUUCCAUCGCUGCUGUCGUUGGUAGUAUGGAUGCCCAUCCCAGCAGAUACUGCGCUACAGUCAGGGUGCAGCAGCACCGUCAGGACAUCAUCCAGGACCUGGCCACCAUGGUGAGAGAGCUGCUCAUCCAGUUCUACAAGUCCACCCGCUUCAAGCCCACCAGAAUUAUCUACUACCGUGAUGGCAUCUCUGAGGGCCAGUUCAACCAGGUCCUUCAGCACGAGCUGCUGGCAAUCCGUGAGGCCUGCAUAAAACUGGAGAAGGACUACCAGCCUGGUAUCACCUUUGUGGUCGUGCAGAAGAGACACCACACAAGACUGUUCUGUAUGGACAGAAAUGAGAGGGUUGGGAAGAGUGGCAACAUUCCUGCAGGCACCACAGUGGACACCAAAAUCACUCACCCAUCAGAAUUUGACUUCUACCUUUGCAGUCACGCUGGCAUUCAGGGUACCAGCAGGCCGUCUCAUUACCACGUGCUCUGGGACGACAACCACUUCUCUUCAGAUGAACUGCAGGUCCUCACCUACCAGCUAUGCCACACCUAUGUGCGCUGCACACGGUCAGUUUCCAUCCCAGCACCAGCUUACUACGCCCACUUGGUGGCUUUCCGGGCUCGCUAUCACUUAGUGGACAAAGAGCACGACAGUGCCGAGGGCAGUCACACAUCAGGCCAGAGUAACGGGCGAGACCAACAGGCCUUGGCCAAGGCUGUUCAGAUCCACCAGGACACCCUGCGCACCAUGUAUUUUGCCUGAGAGCACACAGCCCGGUGCGGAUGUGGGAUGGGUGAGACCCAACUGAUGAAACACACUACCCCUCGCUGUCUCACUGUCAGCUGUCGAUAGCAUCACAGAAGUUUCAUGCCCUGGUCUCCCCACCUAACAGAUCUGUCAGUUACCCAUACGUCUACAAUUGUACUUCAGCCCCCGACCCUCCCAAACCAAGCCAGCUAUUGAACUGUAAGAUGCAAAAGAAUCCCUCUUUCGUGGGAUUUGGGCUGGAAGAGGUUUUAUUUACAUGUCGUGCAUUAGUGUGUGUUUGUAUUUGUUGUGGGGAAAUAUGUUUCAAAAUAUGAAAGGAAAAGGAAACGUUUGUACACUGUUAGAAGACAUUUCGAAAACUAGUGGGCAGUAUCAUUAUGAUUUAGAAGAAGCUGUUCACCCUCCUUCUCCCGUUUCUAUUGUUUGUUAGGGUCUUGGUGCUUGAAGGGAGAAGGAUCAAUUUCAAAGAUGAGGGGGCCUGUUCACUGUUUAUAUGCCUAAAGAUUUGCUCCUCUGCUCCACAUUAUUUAUCAGCCAAUCAAAGCAAAGUGCACUGACCAGAAUGGGUACUUCAAUCAGGACAAAAGUACUUAAUAUACUGAGGGUUGCGUGUGAUUUUUCACAUAGGGCACUAUGUGAUGAAAAGUGCCAUUUGAGACCACCUUUCUGUUGUCAUUUCUGUGUAAAACUAUGAAUUAUUAGGCCCACACCUGCUGGGUUUUCAGUAUUUGUCCUUGAUUGACACUGAUGACCAUUUUAUGCCAAAUCUGGUGACAACUCACUAAAGGAUUCUCUGCAUCAGAUUUGUUAUCAACCCUUGAACCAACACUUAUUCUAGAUGAGAGAUAUUAGUAUUCAAAUAGAGACUGAAAGAACAGCAAUUUUAUCCUCCUCUGCCUCUCUUGUUAGUCUUAACUGAAAGAGUUGCACCAGUUACCUAAUCCCCAUGCCGAGAUAUAGUGUAUUGGGACUGGUUCCCAACAAGGACACCUUUCUAAUGUACUCUGAGCCGUGUUGAUAAAAGACACAUGACGUAGAACUCAACAUAGAGGGGAACUUGAUGAAAUCUUUUUCUUUUUUUCCCCCUUCAGUUUUUACAGUCUAAUUUAAUUUCAGUCAUUUUUGUAAUGAAUAUGCAUGUAGCUGACUCAUGUUUUAGACAUUUAGGCAUUUGUGAUACUUGUUUUAUUUCUUCCUUUAUCCACAUUAACCCUACUUCUGUGUUUUAAUGUAUAUAGCAGCAGGAUAGUGUUUUCUGCAGUGUCUUCGUCAGAGCGGGACAUUUGUGUGGCGUCUCGAUAUCCAGGCAUUCGGUACAGUGGAGUGAGAGCUGCAACAUUUUAGAGUUUUAACUGAUCGAAAUUCCCUAAAGAAAAAAAAAAUCUAGUGUUUGCUCCAGGAAUUGGGAGCAGUCGUCGCACAAACGCUUGGGUUUUAUGCAAAUGACUUUUUGUGAGUCUUUAUACUAUAUAGUAAUGUUGGUAAUAAGGUAUAUUUUGAAUAAGCUUUCAGUGGAGGCUGCUGAAAAUAUUAUAGAGACUUUUUUAAAAAUAACUGGCCCACAUGUAGUCUAAAUUAACACUGUCUAUUUGUAUACAGAUUUUAAGUGCAAAUAUUCUCUUGCCUUCUAAGACUGUUACAGUCUUACUAAUAAUUCUAGACAUUUCCUAACUUCCCACCUAAGUUUUACGACUAAGUUAAGCUGGCGAAUGUUCUCAUAGUCUUGGUUGGAGGCGAGUAGUCUACAUUUUCUAACUAUGCAUCAUUUUUAACCAAGAGAUUUAGCAGUGGGGUAUCUCACAUGAAUUUGGGUCAUUUUUUUUAGAGGUAGAUAAUCAGGGCUUUUUUUUUUUUUUCUUUUUUUGGGGUUGUUUAGCAUGUUGCAUUUAGUAGCGUUUCUUAGUGCUUAUCAGCAUCUUCAUGCCUUUCUGACAGGAUGAAGUAUUUAUGUGGUCAUUUGUAACCUUGUAGAUUUUAUAGCCUGAAAAUUGGGUGUAUCCUUUUUAACACACAAUCUUUCUUAGCCAAACAAGAUUACGAACUUUUGCAUGAUUACUAUUCAAAAGACAUAGAAGCACAAAAGGACAUCUUGAUUCGAGGUGCUAGAAGUUUUCACUGUAAAAACCACCUUAAUUCCUCACUGGACUGGUCAACAAGGCUUUUUACUUGUAUGUUAAAAAGAUGCUUCAUCAUCUUGAGGAUCUUUUCUCUCCCUUUGACGACCUCUCUGUGUUACCCUUUUUACUCGUUACCUGUAAAGCAACUAGAAAUCCGACUGACUGUGUUUGUGGGGCAUUCUGAAAAUCACGUACUUGAUAUUUACUGUUAUGAUGUCAAUAUUGUUCUUAUCGGUGCUGGUCUCACAACAUGUAAAUUUGGAUGCACUUUUGAUAGCAGAACCUUGGUAUGACUUCUACAGAUGUGUGUUCCUCAAUCGAAGCGGGAGGCUCGGCCAUAUUGCGUGACACUGGUGUAAUUGUAUGGAAAUGGCCGUGUGUUCUACCUCUUGUUACCUGUUUUAAGUGUUAUGGUAACAUCACACCGCUGGCCAUUUCUGUAUAAUUACCCCUGCUAUCUAUCUAAUUGGCAUUGUUUGAGUCUUGCAUUGACAGUAGAGGUUUUAAACGCUUGGCGUGCGUGAUGGUGGACGCGCUUUUCUCAGUUUAUGUAGUUGUGUGAUUUUGUUUGUUUUUUGGGGGUUUUUUUGCAUAGUUUUACUCGAGCUGAUAAGAGAGAAUGUGCUUUUUAAAAAUUUUCUUUUAGUGGUUUUGAGUGUUGAGCUGUACGACCAAAUUCUUGAAGUGUGUUUUGUAUUCACACACAGCUUUCCCUUCUUUCUUUCCUUUUAUUCUAUGCACCAAUGAAAUGAUUUUUUUUUUCUGACACCUUGACUUUACACCUGAGCAGUGUAACAACAAAAGCAAAGCCCACACCACGUGUGAUCACCGCAUAUCCUUGAUUUGGAGAAAAUGUAAAUGUACCCCGAUGGUGCUGUUAGUCCGACUGUUAUAGUUUCUUGCUACUUAAAAACAAUACAAAGACAAUAAAAUCAAGUACAUAUUGAAAUCCACAUGAAAAGACGUUUGUAAGCUAAUUCAGCACGGCAUUUGAUCAGUUACGUCUCACCACAGGACAUUAUGUAGUCAUAUGCGAUCAUGCAUUGAAACCUUUCAAUACGAGGGUGACUGGAUCAGAACCAGUGCUUCCGAGUUGUGUUUGUGGAUGUCCUCAGAAAAUGCCUGUCAUACAGAGAGCGGGAGCGUGAAGUGGUAGUGUGCUGAAAUUCAUCACAUGCAGCGUGUCUGUUCAGGAGGAGGCUUUGUGCUUGUUGUUACUGCUUCUUAAUGUUUCACAUUACAUUUUUCCAGCACCUUAACAUAGCAGAUCACAAUGGCAUUGCUUUUCUUGAAGAUAAGCCGUAAACAUUUGACAAUGUUGUUUUUGCACUAAACAAGAAUGGACUUUUGUAGCUGUUGAGCAUUGAGAGUAUUUAUCAGGUGGCAGACUGGCAGCCUCUUUUUUUUAUUUAGAAAGGAGCAGUUGGCAUUGGUUGCUUUUCAACAAACAAGAAGCACAGCCAAACGGGGCCCGAGAGCCUCGGUGCGUGCACCUGCCGUUCAGAUAACCACACCUGCUGAUCAGCAGGGAUUCUAUCGGGCCAACCAGCAUUCAGCACGUCGUCUUUCAGAAAUAUCCUUAUGCCUUUAACAAAAGAGUGAAACUUGUAGUGGCGUGGGUGGGUUGCCUUUGUACAGUGAUGUCGGAGAAAGGUGCUUUAUGCAAAACAAGCUGACAGGUGUGGAAAAGAGCCGAUUAGCUCUGCACAGUAAGAUUUCUGCAGAGAUGUGGAAGCUGCGUGAGGUGGAAACGUGCAGGAAGCUCGACGCAGUCACAGCCCCUGUUUGAGACUGCCAUGUGCAUAGAAUAAAUAAUGCUGAAAAUAAGACACCACCAUAGACUUCACAUAUCAGGAUUCAGAAGAGGCGUUAAAUAAAUCUGCUUGAGAAUAAUGGGCUAAAUCAAGAAUGUGUAUGGAACAAAUGACUACACCAACGUGGAUGAAUGUGGCGCUGCUUUACAAGUUUAAUGGCGCCCGAGGUGCUUAGUUAGGUAUUCAGAAGACCUGCAGUGGUCACGCUGAUGGCAUUACAGGAUACUUUUUCACAGAUGCGUCACCUCAGUUUGGCAGGGUUUAUAUUGUCCCACAUGUUUCGGAGUGGCCAUAGCUGGGACAAAGCAGAAGUGGCCUGUUCGUAAGCUUGCCUGGCAUAUCGUAAGCUAAUGUAGUCGAUCAGUUCAUUUCGUUUUCUUGAUACGGGGUUUGUUUUCUUAUGUAAGUAUAUGCUAAAAUAAAGGGUUAAAAGAGGCCGAGACAAAAUUCCUCCCAGUGUAAUGCUCAGUGUGUUUGCUUUUUUGCUUUUGAAUGGUGUGGAAAUGAAACCAAGCCCAAUUUCUACCAAUACGUCAGUUUGUUCCAAACCAUUACCUUCUGUAUAGUAAUAACUCUCCUCUCAUGCGUCUCUUGUAGAGAAACUAUUGCUGAUAUAAAGAAACCUCUUGUAGAGUAGAACCUAUUUUCCUUGCUCCAAAUAAUAACAUUGAAUGUACGUAGAGCUGCGUGGUUUGUAUUGUAGAGGCUUUCCAUUCAGUACAUUUAUACUCAUGUUUGCUUCUCAUGUACAGCCUUUUCUUUUUGGUGUUUUCUCCUGUUUAUAGGCUUCAAUACUUGUAGAGAGCAUUCUGUUCUUUAAUAUUUCAUUGAUUUCGAUAGCGCCCACAUCACCGCUGAUAUCAUGAAGUACAGAUAUUCCACAGUUGAGAUGUCUUUCCCUGGGUGUUGGCUACUGGAGUUUUAGGAGGCAAAUGUUUCACACUGGUGCAAAGAGGAGUCAUCUUUUCUGUUCUGGCCAUCAUGCUUGUGUGAGGUGCUGUAACAUAAGAGCUGUCUGUGUGUCUAUUCAUAUAUAUAUAUAUAUAUAUAUAUAUAUAUGCUUUGGUGUGUGAGGUUGCAGCUCAGUGCCACUUGAAAGCAGAGCUAAGGUUUUUGUUAGUGUUGCUUGUGUUCUUUACUUUUGGUGAUUGUACUACUACGCAGCUGUGUUUUUCCCAAUUUUUAAAAGUACCGUUUAGGAUUUACAAGGCACUCGGUUGGCUUCAGCAAGCGUAAUUUUCCUGUUCCUAUUCCUACAUAAACCGUUCUGAAGCAUCACUUUGUCUUUGACAGUCAGUCUUGAUCAUGCCAAUGUCCACCCAGUUACCUGUAGCCAUGUGACACCGGUGUGGUGUCCACACGGUCUCUCCAGUUAAAAGUUUGCCGAUAUUAUUGUUUUAGCUGCAAAUCGGAAGUAUUGCAUACAAAUUCAAAUGGUGUACUGGCAGACCUGAGGAAAGAACCAUGACGCCGCAUGUCCAUCGGCUGCAGCUACGCCAUAUUUUUGUGUUCACUUCAGGUCUUCGUCUUGGUUUAUACAUUCCCUGGAAGAGUUUCAGAAUCUUUAGUUUAUGACCAAAUGCCUCCAAAACUGAUACAGUCCUGUCAGCUUCAGCUGUGCUUUGUGUUAAGUGCUAAUGAGCAAAUGCUAGCAUGCUAAACUUGGAUGGCGACAUUGGUAAACAUCAUAAUGGCAGCAUUGUCAUUAUGAGGAUAUUAGGAUAUUACCAUGCUGAUGUUAGCAUUAAGCUCACAGUGCUGAAGUUCAGCCUCAGCUGCUAGCAUGGCAGUGUUUUACAUACUGAAAACACGUUUUCAGCUCAUUUAUGAUUGUGGCAAUAACUACUUUCAUUCAUUUAAAUGACUGUACACACCGUGCUGUCUUAUCCUUAUUUUGUAUCUGUCAGUUGUCAAUUCUUGACAGUUGUCAGUAAAUAUAGGAAUUUAUGUAAAUUCAGAAGUGACUCUCAAGCUUCAGACACAUGGUGCUCUGGCAAAAAUAGACCCAAUGUGAAAUCUGAAUGCAGUGAAAUCUGGCAGCCAUGACUGAGCCUGAACGCAGCACAGUUGCCUCCGGUGGACAUUCGGGGUUAUUAGGCCUGGAUUUGUAGAAAAACUGACUGUGGAGAACUUUACCAAGCUUCACCAAACCAAACCAAUGCCAUCCAGCUGAUCUACGUGCAUCCAAUCAUGAAAGACUCGUGGGUAUUUUUGUAUUUUCAAAGCAUUUCUAGUCUUCGGAAUGACUUGGCUUUUUAUUUACCAACUUGGAAAAGAACUACCUCAGAGCAGUGUCAGGUGCUAGCUAAUAUUAGCCCUAAUUUAUAAUAAUGGUAACAAAAUCAAACAUUCUUGUGACCAAACCAAUACAAGCCAAUAUCGUGUGAGAGCACUGUUCUUUCCUUUAACCUUAACAAAUGCAAAACCAAGUAAUCAUGUAUGACUGGUUGGUUGCUGUAGUUGGUUACACUUUAGGGGACCAAAUCUUUGUAAUUGGGAGUCUCACUGUUUCAUGCGAGUCCCUCAUUUUUUUCAACAGAUGGUGACAGAAGCAACCCAGCACAAUCUAGGACUGAUUCAUGUGGUGAAAUAAACUAAUCAUGACCGGAUCAUAUAUCAUAUAUCAGCAAACGUGCCAUCAUACGGUGAUUGCUUUCACUAUGACAGCGUGUCAAUAUUCCAGUUAAAUGUUGGUGAUAUCAAGGGAUGUUCGCAGCGGCGUUGGAGGUCUGUUGGAAAGAUGUAUGUGCAGCAAUACGCCAGUCUGUCCUCUCAACGCAGGUCGAGGCUACGCUCAGUAAACAUUUUAGACUUUUAGGUAACAGGACGAUACUUCGUCUCCGUAUCUGGAACCAGCUUUUUCUGUUUUUGUUUUACCAGAAUGUCGAAAUGUAAUGGUUUCCUACUGGACAGAGCCACUCCACGUGAUCAAAUGCCUACAAUUCUCUGCCAUGUCAACCCAGUACUGCAAUAAUAAUCAGGGUGGAUGCCCCUGUCUCGUACUCAGCUCAUUUCCACUUCUCCUACGAUUAGCCAGCCGUUUUUUCUUUAUGGGGGUAGGAUGUAGUUUUGCAUGCAACAAUUUACAAAGGGAACAUACACAUUUGAACAUACUUCACAAAGCGUCAGAACAUUGUGAACUUCAGCGAAAGGUACAUGCGAGGUUGUGUGGCGGUGAAACCACAGUUUGUCGUAAUUCAGUCGAAGCUGAAAACAUCCAGCGUGUUCAUAGUCGUUUUAUGUGUGCCUUUUGUCGGAUCUCUCUUCUCCAUCUGGCCCCAGCUUUGGGUUUGUGAGUCCUUUUCAACAUAAAAGGUUUGACGAAAUCUGCUGCGCCACAUAAAAAAAAAAAAACCCAAGAAUUUUUAAUGAUCAUGCAACCGUGCGUGUAGAUGCUGCAUAGAACGAUCAGUAUUUGUGUUUUGCACUUUCAAAGCAGUCUCAAAAAAAAAAUCGCCCACUUGAGCUUGGGCAGAAAGUAAAAAGAAAUAACUGACGAGGUAUUUUAUGCUAUCAAUAGGAAUUAUAAGGAAUAAUAUGACUUUGAAGAGCUUUUCUAAAAAGGUUGAUAUAUCUAUAUAUAUUCAUGAAGUACCUCAUAAGCCUGAUAUAUGCUGCAUUGACUUUUUUUUUCUGUAGUGUACUUCAUAUUGUCCAAUAAAAUUUGAAUUUUCCCCUUUUGGGAGGUUUGAAUGUCACCACAGGCUGUGCACAUGCCAGAACCAGUAAAUCUGAUCCGAGUUCUGCUGUAACACGCGAGUGUUACACCUUGUGGCCAAAUGAUGAUGCGUCAUUUAUGCAAUUUGUACGCAAAUGCCAUCAGGAUCUUCUCUCAGCUGUAGCCACGACAUAUUUCUGCUCUGUCGUCUCUGCAUCUUCUCUGUGUCUGUGUAGCCAAAAAUAUCGGGUUUAGCUGCCGAAGAGUUGGCGUGCACCAAGCGUCCCGCGAGGCUCUGUGGUAUAACACGACUGUUGACUCAGGUAUUGUCGUGAAAAGGGCUGUAUCUGCUUGCUGUGUCCCAGACCCGCCCCCCCACACACCUCCCCCACCCUACCCUGCACCUUUGUCUUAAAAUAGCCUUAGAUCUACACGUGAGGUUCCUAUUUGGCCUUAAAAGUUGUACAAAUUAUGCACUACAAUUUCACAGACUUGACAGAGAGCUCGAUUUCCCACUCAGACGCAUUUUUUUUUUGUCUUUUUCUUGAAGAGUUCGGGUCAUUGCCACGUUAUCUACCUCCUAUGAAUGUAGGGGCUGUCCUGGAGUUGUAGUCGACUGCAAAACCUUUUUUCGAUUUCCUUGCUCAUUUAAAGGAAAAAGACAAUCAUCUGUAGAUUCUUGGAAAAAAUAAAAAGAUGCUCCCCUCUCCAUUCGUACAUAGAAGUGAUUCCAGGACACUCCGUUUUUUCUCGAUGUUUUAUUUUUUCCCUCAUUGGCCAUUUUCAUUUUAUACAUUGUGCUUUUUUUUUCAUUGUAAGCCAUGAUGGAGAAGCAAAGUGACCAAAGUCUCUUGGCAAAGGCAGCCCUGCACAGCCGCGUGAAUUCAAACCUCCCUGCAUUUGUGUCAUUUUGAGCUCACUUUUGAGUUGUUGUUUAUUUUCUCUCUCUUUCUCUCUCUUUCUCUCUCUCUCUCUCUCUCUUCUCCCUUAUUUAAACCACGACAUGCCAAAACUGAAUUUGCUGUCAUUCCUGUUCUGGUGAGGGUCUUUACGUUGCUGAUUUUUAAUUUGUUCACAUCCACUGCUAAGCUCCUUGUUCUUGUUGUUGUAAAGUUGUAAGCUUUGAUUUCUAUUUUACAUUUCCUUAUUUUUGUUAACAAGUAUGCUUACAGAACACAAGAUAUGCUGUAAACCCUGUUAGGACAUAAUGUGAAUACGUAUCAAUUAAUAUAGUUCACUCUUUGGCUUGACUGUAAGUUGCAUUAAUUAAUAAAAAUGUUUCAAAAGUU